ACAGAGAAGUCACUGAAAUUACGUUGAGCUCAGUUAUAAUUCUGCCUAUUUCUCGGUAGCCUUUAUUGUUUUUCUUUUCAUGGAUAAGAAUACGUAACUCGCCCAAAAAUGUCCCGUGAUUAUCGAAACGGUCGGAAGCGUAGCUACGAAGAUGAUCCGAAGACUGACCAUUACGCCCCGAAACGACGACGAACAGAUCGAAGAGAAGACACGAACAGUUCACCUUCUCCAAUCUCAUUCAAAUAUUUGGAAGACAUUUGUAAAGAUGAAGUUCCAGAAAAUGCUAUUUUAGGCUUAGUUAGGAAAGCUGAGAGGUUCGAGGCGCUUUUGACUUCGGAGGAAAUACGACCCGACUUGUUGAAGAUGGUUAUAAGGGCUUUUCGUUUGCUUUGCUCAACAAACAACCUGGUGGCCAAAAACGCAGAAAACGUGCUUAGGUCUUCCGCAACGGUAAAGUUCUGGACAGGAACAGUUCUUUCGAGUUUCAUCGACGACAUGCCUCACUCUGAUUGCUGGAAAGACGAAAAUGACCGCAUCCAUGUGCUUAAUGAUCUGAUAGAAAUUUUUCGUGUCCUCAUUCCCACAUUUGGUGAUAGCUUCGUGAAUAAGUUUCCGCUAGCACAGCUUAUCGUAUCACUGAAUGAACUCAAGGAAAAGAAUCUCAUCCAUGAUACCGAAGAUCUCGAGAGAAAAAUCCAGCACCUGAAAGAAUUGAAAAAUGAAGUGAUUCGGCGUGCAAGGUCUGCGCAUGAUCAGGAACCCGAAGCGGAACCGCCGCAAAGUUUCAGAGAAUUAAGUGUCAUCCCUCAAGCGUUAGAUCUUUUCUCCAAACCCUUCCUUCGCAAGAAUGUCAUCGAAAGAAAGUUCAAUGACUUGGAUCAUUAUCUAGAUGUACAGUUUCGCCUCUUGAGAGAAGAUUUCGUGAAACCUCUUCGUGAUGGUAUAAGGCAAUUGACAAAGGAAAACAACUCCCUGGAACUGAGCGUUGAAGACACGACCAAACGCACCAACAAGGUCUCGGUUUACAAGAGGGUCAGUGUCCAGUAUCCCGUAUGUAACAGGAAAGGACUGCUUUACAGAAUCCGGUUUGACUUGAAGCAUUCCAAGGUAAAGCAAGUGAACUGGGAGAGAUCUAAGCGACUGAAGUUUGGCUCACUGGUAUGUCUUUCUUCAGAUGAUUUUAAGUCACUAGUCUUCGCCACAGUAGAAGAUCGAAAUCCUAAGGACCUUAGUGUGGGCGAAUUGGACGUACGUUUUCAAAACGUUGAUAAAGAAGAAAUAGCUGUCUUUGUCAAGGAGAAAGAAGAGUUUGUCAUGAUAGAGUCACCGGCGUAUUUCGAAGCAUACAGACAUGUUUUACAAGCAAUGAAGAACAUAAAGCCUGAAGAAUUUCCUUUCCAGAAAUACAUUGUGGAAUGUGUUCAUAAUGUUGAACCUCCCAAGUAUCAGAGAGAAAGACAGGGAGAACCAAUCUCGUUAGACUUCACUGCUCUUUGUGGACGUUCCCCUGCUAAAAUAUCCAAAACGUCCAAAGCUUCUGCUACACGCGCACAGAAGGACGAGUCACAAGUCGCAGGUACAGCCAUGAACGAUUCCUCGAGCAGUCUGGAAGUUGCAAGGACCAACGAAAUCUCCUUCGAUUGGCCAGACAGUAAGAUCCUUGGCUUCAACGAGUCACAGAUGCGUGCGUUUAAAUUGGCGCUGACCAAAGAGUUCGCGGUCAUCCAAGGACCCCCAGGCACCGGGAAAACGUAUGUUGGCUUAAAGAUCGCCCAAGCUUUCUUGAAAAACUUCUCCAUUUGGCAGAACGGCGAAGGGAACUCUCCAAUCGUUAUGGUAUCGUAUACCAAUCACGCCCUAGACCAGUUCCUAGAAGGUCUCUUACCAAUGGAAGGUAUUGUGCGUGUUGGAAGCCGCAGUAAAAGUGAAAAGUUAAACGAAUACUCGUUGGUGCAAUGCCUACAACGCGAAAAGCACAUAACAGAUGUGGCAACCCGCCAAGUGAGAAGAACAGCGAAGAGAGAAAUUGAAGACCAUAAAAGGCUCUAUAAGCGUUCAACUUUCCUACUAAAGGCCUCGCGAACGGCAAUUUUGUCACUGCAAGAGCUUUAUGAUCAGGAAUGUGUUGCGGAAAGACAUUUCCAUCAGUUUUGGGCCAGGGCCGUAAACCGACCAAUCAAUGAAGUGCUGGUAAGAUGGCUGGACAUAGAAAGGGAAGGAACAACUCGAAGGUCUAGUUCAGAAGACUACCAUCGACGAAAUGAUUUCCGUAUGGAGUUCGCGACACCAGGUUUCAUCUUUGACGACGAUGAAACUUCAGAGGAGAACGGAAAAUUAGGUGGAAUAGUCGUCCUGUCCAUGCAAGAUGCUAAAAAUCCGAAUUAUGUUAGGAGAAAUCUCACAACUAACGAGGCAAUGACUGACAGUCAAGAAAGAAGAAUCCGUGAUGUUUACCGAUUGCGGAGAAGAGAUCGCUGGAAGUUGUACAAACUAUGGCUUCAAAGACUGGAGAUCAAUCAAAAAGAACACUUGAAAACGUUCCAAGAAACAUACGAAGAAGCACUGUCGCGUGAAGCCGAACUCAAUACUAAUCGGGAGUACAAGGUUCUCCGUAAGGCACGUGUCAUUGGCAUGACAACCACAUGCGCCGCCAGAUACCGCCGCAUUCUGCAACGGAUUCGCCCCAAAAUCAUUUUGAUUGAAGAAGCUGCUGAAGUGCUGGAGGCUCACACAAUUACCUCACUGACACAAGGGUGUCAGCACUUGAUUUUGAUUGGAGAUCAUCAGCAACUGAAACCCAAACCAGAAGUCUACGAUCUAGCCAAGAAUUACAAUCUGGAUGUGUCAUUGUUCGAGAGAAUGGUUAAAGUCGGUCUUCACUGUGAGACUCUCAACAUACAGCAUCGGAUGAGACCUGAAAUUGCCGCCUUGAUGAAACACAUUUAUAACGAUCUCCAGAGUCAUGAAUCGGUAGAGAAAUAUGAAGACAUUAAAGGGAUGAAGAAGAACAUGUUCUUUAUCAACCACAGUCAUUUGGAGGAUCAUUGUGAAGACUCCCACAGCCACGUGAACCAACACGAAGCAAUAUUUUUAGUCGCAUUGUGCCGUUAUUUAUUGCAGCAAGGGUAUGCAGCCCAUCAAAUUACCCUUCUAACAACCUACACGGGGCAGAUGUUUGCCAUCAGAGACUGCCUCCGCGAGGGAAAUAGCGAAGAAGUCGACAAAGUGUGUCUGAAGACAGUUGACAACUUUCAAGGCCAAGAGAAUGACAUCAUUCUUCUUUCGCUUGUGCGCAGCAACAAGGAUGGAAAUGCUGGAUUCCUGAAGAUCUUAAACCGCGCAUGCGUGGCUCUCUCCCGUGCCAAAAAGGGUUUUUAUUGUAUUGGAAAUUUUUCCCUUCUCUCGGGGGCGGGUGAGAUAUGGAACAAAAUUGUGAAAGACUUGGAGAGAAGUGGUAACAUUGGCAACGAAUUACCCCUUUCGUGCCAAACUCAUCGAGAGGAAAAUACACCCAAAACAGCAGAUGAUUUCAGCGAGAAGGCUCCUUUCGGGGGAUGUCUACGGCCAUGUUUGGUGCGUCUGAAGUGUGGUCAUGUAUGUAAACAACAGUGUCAUCCACGUGACACUAAACACGAGAAUUACACCUGUGAUGAGCCUUGCGGAAGAACCCUCUUAGGAUGUGGUCACCCGUGCUUAAAUCCUUGUAAAGAGCCUUGUACGAAGUACUGUGAAGAACUGGUUGACAAAGUUCUGCCAGGGUGCGGUCACGUUGUGAAGAAUAUAGCAUGUGGCACCAACGUCAACGAAUUGAAAUGCAAAGAAAGCUGUGAAAAAACCCUCUCCUGCGGCCACCGUUGCCAAGACUACUGUUCGCAGGCGUGCACUCCUAAAUGCAACGAGCUCAAGAAAAUAUCGAGGACAGAUUGGCCAUGUGGACAUGAAGUUACUAUCGCUUGCUGGGCCACUUCAACAGAUUGUACAGCCCCGUGUGGGGGCUUCUUGGAAUGCGGCCACCCAUGUACUGGGAAGUGUGGUGAGUGUCGUUUGGGACGGCUUCACAAGGGCUGUAUGGAGGAAUGUCAACGCCAUCUGUUGUGCUCUCACGUCUGCAAGGAGCGUUGUAACAUUCCAUGCCCACCGUGCCCUAGAAGCUGCGAAAAUCGUUGCGAGCACAGUGAAUGUGACAAAGCGUGCGAAGAGCUAUGCACGCCAUGUCGUUAUCCGUGCUCGUGGGAAUGUCGGCAUUACAAGUGUUACAAGCGCUGUCAUGAAGUAUGUGACAGACCGAGAUGUGACGUGAUAUGCGGCAAAAUCUUGCCAUGCUACCAUGUAUGUCGCGGUUUGAUGUGCGAGGAGUGCAUUUGUGCCGUGUGCAUGAAAAAUGACGACACAUUUAAAGUUACAGAUGUAUUCUUCGGUGGAGAGGACGAAGAAGAUGCCCGGUUUAUUAAGCUCCCAGACUGCCAGCACAUCUUCGAAGUGUCUGAUCUUGACAGAUACAUGGACAUGUCACCAGUUGACGCGACUGAGGUUCAUAUGAUACAAACGAAAGUGUGUCCUCGCUGUUCGAUUCCGAUCCGCUCGUGCUUACGAUACAGUGCCGUUAUCAAGCAGCAGAUGCACGACAUAGAGAAGGUGAAGAUAGAGAAGUGGAAAAUAUCAAAAAUGACAAGUCGUGAGUUGGAAGAGAAAAAGGCUAACCUUGAAAAACGUCUGGAAAGUUUGGAAACAAAGUUUACUGGUGGAAGACGGAAAAAUUCGUUGGGAAUACUGAAGAACUCUGUUGCUGGACUGCUGAAACAUGACGAUCAACUCAUGGUUUCCAUUAAAGAGAAUGAAGUCAAGACUGCUCUUAUGGAGAACAAAGUGACUUUGAUGGAGCGGUUAUGUUCGAUGCACGUGAAAAUGAAGGCGAACCUCACCAAGAUCUCGAUGGAGAUCCUCAAAGAGAAUAAGCUACAGAGUGAACACGCUGAAAAUGAGUUGAGCUAUCUCGAGAAGCGUUUCAUGUCCAUCAGAGUAACGCAGAGGGAACUACAAGACAUCAACACAGAAUUCUCCAGGCUCAAUCUCCAACUCGAAUACUGUUUGCUGAGUCAUGAUGUCAAGAGCCUGGAUCUAAAGCUAGACGAAAGUUGCCAGGAGAUGUUGACUGCAGUAAAGGAGCUAUUGUCCUGCGGUAAACGCAUAGGAGACGAGCAACUGGAAAAACUGAUGAAAAACAUAGAAACUAUAAGAACCCACCCAGUUCUUAAGCCACUGACUCCAGAAGACAAAAAGGAGAUCGUGAAAGCAAUUGGUCUGUCUAAGGGUCAUUGGUUCAAAUGUCCUCAAGGACAUGUCUACGCAAUAGGUGAAUGCGGCGGCGCCAUGGAGACAAGCAAAUGUCCUGAAUGCAAAGCUGUGAUUGGUGGAACGCGCCACACACUGGUGGAGGGAAAUCAACUGGCUCCUGAGAUGGAUAAUGCGAAUUACCCGGCCUGGUCUGAACAAGCAAAUUUAGCUAACUAUGGAAACUUAGAUGAAAUUGAGUGAUUUGGUAGAGCUCAUUUCGAUUAAGUGUCACUCGAAGAAAUUAAACCAUGUCUAUCACCAAUAGCCAUUCAGAACAAAGUUAAAAAAAAAAAAAAACGCUAGAGGCUCGUGAGAACGCAAAAUAAAAGCGCGGGAAAAUGCGGGUGACUGGUUUAAUUAAGUUUUAAAUCUUACUGGAUCAGAGAUUGGCGCGAGUUUUCUAAACCAAUCACAGAGCGGAGUUGAACAAAACCAAUGAAAUCUCAGAUUUCCUCAAACACUGAAUUGAAAUUGCUCCAAGAUGAUUAUCAGGGAUGAAUCAUCAAUUAAAGUAUGAUAUGCUUUGGUUCGUAGCUAUUGAUAGUUAUAGGCAAACUAAUGUUUUACUGACGGUCAUGCUUCGGGAAUAGAUUUUUUUAGUGCUUUGAAUAUUUUACGAUCUGAUUCCAAUGUCCGUCUGAUUUUGACCAUAGUUAACAAAACUCGAUAGGAUCGAGACUCUUGAAGACUCAAUCGAGUGCUCCACUGGUUAAAUUUUUGUUCUUUUUAUGACAUGAUCCAAGUACAUUGAUGAAACAAAAAUACAGCUCAGAUAGCAAAACAUCAUAGAAAAACUAUAUCUUACUCAGAAGAAUUAUGUAUCGGAGACCCUUGCCUGGCGGGGGAGGACUUGGGUUGCCCUCGACACUUUUAGGAGAUUAUUAUUAUUAUUCAGGAGAUUAAACCAACCAAGUCUUAUGAUUCAGAAAGCGAAAAAAGUGCAACCCGAAAAAUAUGUACCGCAUGAAUCACUCCAUCCUCAUCUAACAAAAUUUCACUCUUAGUAAAAAAAACAGCUUAGAGCUCAACAUGGCAGUCGAGUGGGUACCCUGGGUGUGUCGCAGUGUGACCCCUCUUCUAAAAGAUCCACGCUGCGUCCCUGUGUAAUGUAAAUGUGUGUGUUUAAAUUCGUGACGGUUUCUGUUAAGGCAAGGUAACCACAUGGACAGUUAUUAAAUUUGUAGAAAUGAGCGAACCAUUUCGAGAAAAUUAAAACUUUCCUUUUCAUCCCAAAAUCCAAGAUCAAAAUCAUUUGAGAAGUACCUGAUAUUGUUAGAGAUAGAGUUUGCUGUGAAGGAAGGGUGCUGUGUACAUUUUAUUUGUUGUUGUUAUGGAUUUGAGUUGUUGUCGCUUUCACAGAACUGAAAAUAACAAUGAAAUUUACUAUCUCGGUUUACAUUUUUAUUGCGCAAAAGCAUCACAUAUCGACAUUCCUAUACUAGCAAUAUGUAGGAUGUUUGUCAUCAUGGAGCUGGUUGAUGGCCUUAUAAAACCUACCACAAGUCUCCCCUAGCUCAAAGGAACUCUCCCGACCUGCCGGGCACGGUCUUAAAAUACAAAACGUAUUAUCAAGAUUCCUAAAGAAUGCGACAGUAAUUAACGAGAGUUUGAGUUGUCUUUGACAUAGCCAUUCUUAGCGUCUUCCCUGGUCCAACGACCGUGUCGCGUAAAAAGCUG